UGCAUGAUCAAAGACAUCAGUGGCGCCGCGGAUGAAAGUAACUACAUGGCGGGGGACGACGUGGCGCGGCGACAGUGCUACGUGAAAACCGCGGGGCACCAUGUGGAGAACUCGCGGUGCUUGGUGGGGAAAAAAGGCGAGCUGUUAGUGCCGGAGAAGAGGAAAGCGGACGGAGGAGGGCCACAAGAGACGAAGAUCAACAUGAUCAUGCCAACCGAAGAUAAAAAGGCAGAUGAGCAGGAGCUGCAACGAGAAUCCGCUCCUUCCCCCGCCAGCUCGGAGAAUUCGGUACGGUCGGAAAAGGAGGGAGGUGGACGUCAAGACAUUACAACCCUUGCACGAAAGACGAAAAACGGUGAAACUACGAAUACCAGCCUGAACUUGAACAACGGCGGCCGAUUGAAGAUCAGUUACGAAAGCCAGUCCCAACUGACCGAAACGCAGCUCUUCGUCCUGCAAAAUCUCCUCGAAGCGCACAGAGAGAACAACUUUCACCAGAGCCCGCUUGACAACGACGGGCUGACAUUGGAAACCCUGAAAGCGGUGGAGCAAACCCACUACUUUCCCUUCGUGAAGGUCCGAAAUCCCCUAUCGAAGUUCAUCUUGGGGAUUGACAUGCAGCGGGCGAAAUUUCUGGAGUUCUUGAAGCUCGUGGAAACCUUUCCACUGGGCAAGAGAACAUCAUCUUCAGGCUCGUCUAGUAGUGCGAGAACAGCAGGAGCUUCGAAGUCGACAGUAGACGUGAAAGACAAGAAGAACCUCCCGGGUGGGCAACAACUGCUUGAAGGUGAUUUGGAUUCCAACUCCUACGUUGAUAAAUUGAACGACUUUCUUUGUUUUGAUAACCCAGAGUACGAGACGGUGUUCCUGACCAAAACGCCCUCGCUCGACGGGAAAACCAUGUCCGCGAGCAGGCCGUCAGGGUUGUGGCAGGACGUGGUACUGGCGAUUUUAAACGGGCGACAGGUUCAUCCGAAUGUGAAUCCGAAAACGAAAGCGGCCCUUGCGAACAACAACACGGCCGCUGCGGAACAAAGUGCGCAAGGUGCAAUGAAUCCAUCCUCUAAACGAGCAAAUAAAAUGGCGUCGAGCUCGAAAACUGGAGCAGUUCGGCUUGUAGGCGGUGCUAGUACUAGUUCUACAAAGGUGAAUAAUGGUACAACUUCUAGCAAUACGCCGAGCAACACAACUGCUCUGGCUGGUGCUGCCGGAACUGCCCCUUCUUCAGCGCCAAUGGUUGCAGCAACCACGAUAGGAGGUGCUGGCAGAGACAAUUUUUUCAGCAAGCAGUUGUCGACGAAUCUGUUGCAAAUCUACGAGGGCGGCGGUUGUCAGCCCUCCUGGUUGGACUUCUGCGGCGGCGCGAACACGCGGCUACUCUCCGUGUUCGAAGCAGACCCGGGGAUUUUGCGGUACUCGCUGAACUUACCGGACAAGCCGGGUCUGUACCGGAAAGUUUUGUACAAUUUGAAAGCGGAAAAACCGGGCAGAACGCCAGCGUUCUACCACUCGGACGGGGCGUUCCACCCGGUGGGAAACGACGCGAAGCUCUGUGCCCGCGGGGACCUGCUCAUGGAGAAGCAGUGCGACCUGCUGGAGCGACAGGGCGGGAAAAUUGUGUGGAAAAGGAAAACGCUGGUGUCACCUCCUCGUCCCGCAGGAGCUACCGUGGUGUCAUCUUCUGCGUUGUCUCUGAAACGAACGUCAAUUAUUUCUCCUGGAAACGAUGAAAAGAAGGCAGACCAGGUGUUGUUCGGAAAAUCGGUUUCUAAGUACGGUGGAACAUCAAAUGUGGGAAAAGGGCACGCGCCUCCUGCUGCAACGACCACCGGGACCACAACUAACAGUACUGGCGGUGGUUCUACUAGUAUCCCGAUUGAAGAUCUCAAGCCGCCGCCUCCGCCGCGAGCCGCCCGGGCCGCGCCUCCGCCCCCACCCAAUGCUGUGCAGGUGGCCGAGGGGAUCGAGAAAAACAAGGAGCGACUAGAGUUGGAAAAAAGCAAGAAGGAGGCGAUCUUCGGCGACCGCGACACGCUUCUAGUGAAGAACAAAAGCUCGGCUUCUUCGAGUGCCGCAACUGGAAGUAGCAAAAAUAAGUCCGCCCCGCCGCCGGUUCCGUCGGGGAAGAUGACAAGUGCAGCUGGUCCGAAGACGAAAGCCCGAGCGCCCGCCCCGCCUCCGCCGCCACCCUCGAAGAAGCGAAAAGUGGACCAAAAUGCGGUGGUGAUCGGGCAGAGACCGCGGAAGCCGUCGCAGCAGAGGCACGAGGGUUCAACAUCUAGGGGGAAAAGCUACGCAAGUGCUGCUUUGUCACCUUUGGACGCGGAAGCGCUGGAACGAAGUGUCGCCUCGUCUGCACUUACAUCUUUUGACGAUACUAACGCAGCUGUUGUCGAAAUGGAAAUUGACCAGAGUGAAGACUUUUUGGACAUCAAGGGGCCAGCAGCAACAACCGACGGCGACGGGGAUGCUAUUAUGGGAGAGGCUUCUGGACUACGAGCAGGCCGUUCUGACGCACACUGGGUACGACCCGGAGCAAUUUCUUCAGAGAUUGCCAACGGGACCACGGCCUCGACUUCUUCCGGUGGCGGAGAUUCCGCCUCUGCUUCAGACCACACGGGGGCUGCAGAUGCGAA